AUGGUGGAAUACUUUUGGAAGACGCAAAAGGAAUACGAACGGAUUCCGGAUGUUCCCACAUGUGAUACCCUAGAAAGUGCGGCUGAUAAUGAUCCUGAAGCUGUCUUUGGAGAGAAAAAGACAGUACUGGUAGCGUGUCGAAAAUGGAUACCUUUUAUAGUGGGAUUCCUAAUAAUUGGGGCUUUUUGCGUGUUUCUACCCCACUUAUUGUGGUCUUCUCCUGCCUUGAGAGCUCCUCAAACACCACCACCACAAGCACAAUCACAUCGAGCUCUUGUGGAAUUGCAAUGGGAGCAACAUCAUCAUCUGCAAGAUCAAGGAAAUAAUGAGAUCAUCUACGUGGCGCAUGUAGAGUUCUGUCAAGAAGGAAACUCAUCAACCUUUGGAUACCGACAGCUAACAACACAUUAUCCUCCAAAAGAAGAAUCCAAUCCUUCUUCGUGUGGCCCCGCUGGACUUGUCAUUCGCUUGACACCGGGACAAUCCUAUCGAUUGGUUCUUCACAAUAAUGCCAAUGCCAACAAUCAAGUCACCAAUCUGCAUACCCAUGGCCUUCAUAUUGCGGGAGAUGGCAAUGCCGAUGAUAUCACGCGUACCGUGCAACCGGGAAAUUGUCUCGUCUAUCACUGGGAUUUGCCGCGUAAUGCCAUGGGAGGAACCUUUUGGAUUCAUCCGCAUGGACAGGGGAAUGCCCAAGAACAACUCACGGGGGGAGCGUACGGUAUGCUGAUUGUAGAAGAUUCGUUGUCGUUGUUCUUGGCAAAGGACAAAAGUGAACAGGAGGUUGCUCAUCCACCAUUACAAACACAAUACCAGAACAUUCAACAAUGGCUACAAAAUGAACUUCUCAUGGUCGUUUACACCAAAGGGACCAAACGAACGGCACUGUACACGCCAACAACUACAACAAGUUCUACUAGUAGCCAAUUAUCGGCAUUGGAAUUGGAACAGGACGUGUGGUACCGAUUGAGGCUCUUGACGGUGGACCCAAAGGGAGAGCGAGUACCAGUGACAUUUCCAAAUGGUUGUCAAGUACACUUGGCGGCAACCGAUGGGAUGUGGCUCACCCAAACACCACAAAUGCAAUCGCAACAAACCUUCAACUCUACUGGAGCCGGUCGUCUCGAUUUGGCCAUUCGAUGUAACGCACUGGGUAUCCAUGACGUUUUGGUACACAAUCAUACCGCGGGGUCACUUCAUGUGAUAGUUCCCAAAAGCGCGAAUACUGUCCUUGCCGACCCCUUUUAUUAUGACGACAACAGCAACAAUCCGCAACGUCGUUCUUGGAAGCCAAACUAUCCUCCCCAUCUCGCAGACCUGUUGACGGCAUCUUCCUCCAAUGAUAUGCACUACUUUCAGACUCACACAUUGACAUUGAUCAAUCGGACCAUCAACGACAUGUCUUGGGAUGCUCAAUUGCCUCUACUCGAUUUACAAGAUAUACCCUACAAUUCGUACCAAGAAUUUGUUGUACGGGGCAGCGACAUUCAUCCCUUUCACAUGCAUGUCUAUCCCGUACAAACGUUUGACUGUGGACCGCACCAUAUCGAUGGACAAUUUUACGAUACCAUUGUAUCAUCAUCCACGGAUACGACUUGUCGAUUGCGAUUUCGAGUGUUGGACUAUGCCCAACGAAUUGUGCUCCACUGUCACAACAUUCUGCACGAAGACCAAGGCAUGAUUGUAUGGUUCAACGUGUCGACGACGACAGACAGUGGUGCGGCCAUCCCAGUGCAAGAUGCCACACACAGAGACGAAAUGAUAUGCGGCAAUGUACCGUUCUAA